UCAGAGUGGAUCCGGUUCCGAGAUCAGUUUAACCGCAUUGUUUCCUGCAAGGCACCGGUGGGACCGUCCACAAAACUGACUGGUUUGAAGAUCUUCGCGGGUGAUUUCCUGCUCAACAUUAUAGAAAUGCAGGAGAAACUGGUUGAUUCGGAGUCAAUUGAUGUUUAUUCGGACACGGUAGAGGCGCUCAACAGGUACUUCAACCAAAUCUGUGAUUCGGCAAAGGAGAGGCUAAAGUUUCGUGAGAUGAAAAUGAGCGAGGGCGAACCGUUCGACGACUGGGUCCUGCGCCUAGAGGCGCAGGCGAAGUACUGUGAUUUCGAGUUGAAACAGAGGGAAGAGGAGUUUUUGCAGGCUCUGACGAGACGCUCCAUCCCGGACAUCGCUGGCAAGCUGUACGAGGCAUCGGACAUGCUGGGGCGCGAUCUGCAAAAGAUCAUUAAUCACGGCAAGCAUCUGGAUGACAUCAGGCGGGAAGCGGCAGAUGCCGCUAAGCAGCUGGACGAGAGAGCUGGCGCAAGCGGAGGCCAACGCCACGAAGAAGAGGGGUUCAAAGCAGUGAACGUGGUGCGUCAAUUCAAGCCGAAGGCGGAACGCGGUCGUUAUUUUUCGGGCGGAUCAACCAAGGGCUUCGCGGUGCCACAGAAGAGGUAUCGCGACUGGCCUCUGAAGCGGGAUGCGUGGGAGAAGAUGUCCGUGGCUAACUGCACAAAGUGCGGUCGGGUGCAUGGGCCAGGACAGUGCGCAGCUUUCCGCGUGAAGUGCUGGAACUGUGGCGUCUGGGGUCACUUUGCCGAGUGUUGCAAGAAUCCCAAAGCCAUGGAGGGGGGUUCGCGCGACCGACGUUACCGACCGGAAUCCGUCAAAGAAGAAGCUGGAAGGAUUAAUCAGGUAGAUACUGAAAAGUCGUAAAUGUUUCGUUUAAAAGUACAUCAUUUCUUCGCAUACAACGUACUUGAAUUAAUAAACAGUUCACACAGUAAAGCGUA